AAGCGCUGAGUUGGCGGUGGCGGGAUUUGAACUCGUAUCGUUUAACAGUCCAGGUUUUAACUUUUCCUUUAACGCUCUAACCAUCUGAGCUAUCCCGCCACAUUCCACUUAUUUUUAUGUAAUAUCAGAACUUAUUUCAUCCCAAGCCUUUGUGACAGCAGUUUCUUAUUCUUUCUUUCGCUUCAAGUGACGAUUUCCUAUUUGUUUAUCUAAAUUCGACAAUAAAUUUUCGAUAGGAUUUAUAUAUGGACUUUGUGCUUGCCAUUCAAGAAUAUUUAUGGAUUUGAUUUGUAAAAAUUCUGUUGUUUUUUUCGACUUAUGUUUCGGAUCAUUGUCAUGUUGAACGAGUUUCACGGGCACCUUUUUCAAAGGUGCCCGUGAAACUCGUUUUUAGCUGUCAUUUAUUUAUGUAAAUUUUAUUUAUUUUGAGAAAUAAAGUGAAGCCUGGAAAGCCAAAGAAGAAGCCAAAGAAGUAUAUACAUAACGUAUACUUAAUAAAUACUAGUUUCAGGGGCGCUCGUGGCACCCGUUUCUAGCAACCAUUUACUUAUUUAAAUUUUAUUUAUUUUGAGUUCAAUAACAUAACUGUUUAAAUAAUAAUUUAUUUAGAGUUAACAUUAAUAAUAUUCAUUCAAAAUUUUACAAAUAUAUAAUUUAUCAUAUGCUUGUAAUUAAUUAAUUAUUUACUUUGUGAAGUGAAAUUUUCGCUUUUUUUAUAAUUUUGUCUAAACUGAUAUUGAAAUGUUUCACCGGAUGAUGACGUCUAAACUAAUUUAUUAACUACAUAAAGCGCGUGAAAAUAAUUUUUUAUUUCAAUAUAGUUAACCAAUAAUAUGUAAUAAUUUUCAGCGUUAUGGAAUCAGAGAACUGGGUGUUGACAUGGAUUGUUCAUCACCUAUCAGACCGUACCAGUAAAUUUUGUGGGGGUCAUUUUUGAAAAAUGAGGCAGUUUAGAAUACCAAAUAAAUAUUGUUCUUGAUUUAUGUAACAACAUUCUUGUAUAACUUUGCAACUAGAUAUCCAGUUACUUUAUGAAAAACACACAGCUCAGGAAAACGAGAAAAAAUGAUAUAAGUGUAAAUGUAGUUUGAGUAAGUUUCGAAACAAUUGGAUAGCUGCCUAAUGUAAAAGCAAAUAACUAAGUGAAAGAAUUGGUAGUAAUUGAUCAUGUGUAUCCCCAGCAGUAAAAGAAGUACAGGUCAGAUCAAACUCACUUUUAUAGAGCUAUAUAAAGUUUGCAACGAGGACAAGUGAUAUUCAAUAAAUAGAAAUAGAAUCAAUAAUUAUGUAUUAUUUGUACCCUAUUUCAAGGUGACAUAUCUUGGAGACUGGACUGUUAAAAUAUUUAUUAAAUUUUGACGUUAAAAUAAUUUGUUUCAUUACAAUAACAAUAAAUUGUUAAUGUAUCAUAAAGACAAAUUACAAUACAAUAUUUAUUGUUAUUGUAAUGGGUCAUUACAAUAUAUAUUUUUUUUCAGAUAUUGUUAUUGUAUUAUGAAGAUGAAUUGCGAUCACGGUUAGCCUUAACUAAUGUUAGGUUUUUUGAAUUGUGUCCAAAUUAAUUUCAACGUUUUCUGAGAGAGUAUAGUUUACUUAUCACUAUGUAUAUAGUCCACCAAAUCAGAAAACUCCUAUUAAGUAAUUAUGGGGUUUGAAAGAUUUUUUCGCGCCUUUUUUUCGCGCCUUUUUUGUCUUUUAAGGCCAUCAGUAAUCCGCCAUUUCUUCUGCCACUGAUUUAAUUGCAAAAGACAAUCAUAGAACAAAUUUUGUUAAAAAAAUGUUAAGAAUUGGUAAAUCACAUCCUCAGACUAUUUUAGAUCAUCAAAAGAACAGAGAAAAAGCCUUUUUUGUGGUCGCAAAUGUCAUAUGAAAAUAAACAGCAAAAGCCAUUUAAUUUCUAAAUUUUAGAACUGUUUUUCGGAUUAUAACAUUGCUGAUGACCGAUAUCCUACUGGAUUGUGUCCUAGGUUGGUAUACUUGAUUGAUUUUUAUUUAAGUAAAUAUAUGAAAAGUAAAUAUGUCAUAAAUGUUAAACCAUUAAUGAAUGGUUUUACGUUUAUGACAUAUUUACUUUUUACUGCGAGGUAUCCAAUUUUUCAGUAAUGUGAAUUCACAUAACUGAAAAAUGGGAUACCUUGUUAAACUCAAAGAAAUAAGAUUUAAUAAAUGAAUCAAAUCACAUUUUGCUUGAUACUAGCAUAUCUUUAUCUAUUUAAGGUGUAGGGGUAUAGUUGAAAGAACAAAUGUGGUUGACCUCAGACAAAAAAUUAGGUUUGACAUUGACUGGUCAAAGAUGACUCUUCCGGCUAAAAUACGAAACGGGAAACUAAAAACUUGUAGCUGUGAAAUAUGUAAAAUUGCAAGAACGCAGGGAAGGAUACCCAAGAAAAAAUCUUGUAUAAAGAGUUUUAAAACGGCAGUUGUUAGUCCGCGGUGUAGUUUUUCUCUGACUAAAGUUAAAAGAGGAUUGCAUCAUAAAUGCAAUCCAACAAGGCUCAGAAAUAACAUAUCAGCUGCACCAGGAUAUCAAGAUGUCAAGGAACAAAUGGCUUCCCACGUUAUUAAAGAAAAGCUAUGCAGUGAAAGUGGUAACACCAUUUCAUUGAAGACAGGAGGUAGUAAGCUAAAAUUAUCUAUUGGAUCUGAGAAUACUCCAAAAACAACUAAUUUUACUCACAAAAAUCUUCUUUGUAUACAGAAUUCUCUUUCCUUAAGUAAUCAUCAAAUUAUAAAACUUGCUAAUAUGAUAAGAGUUGUUGAAAAAAGAAGAAACGCUGUAGAACCUGGACUGAAAGACUGUGUCUCUGAUUUGGAUAGUUAUCUUCUCCCAUUAUUUACUGAAGAAAAUAUUUUAUUUGAAUUUAAAAAUAAAGAUAAAACUUUGGAAUAUAAAAAUACUACAGUCGCGUACUGCAAUUAUGUUACUCUUUUUGUUAAACUACUCCUGGAUCUUAAAUGUGUUGAUUCUAAGAAUCAGUUGUUUAAAAUUGCUGUUGAUGGGGGAAGUGGUUUUAUCAAAUUUUUUUUAAACAUGUUGAUAUCAAUGAAAUUUUUGAAAAUUACGGCAAAUUUGACAUAGAUCACCUUAAAACAAAACCCGUAACAGCUUGCAGGGGUUCAUAUAAAGAUGGUCUAAUAAAGAAAUUCAAAGAUUCGUCAUUAAAUGCUUCAUUUGUUCUUCUGGUAGCUCUAGAGAUCCCAGAAAGAUAUUUUAACAUUAAAAUAUUAUUUGAAAAACUAAAUCUUGAUAAAGUUGAGCACAUUGGGGUAUGCAACAUAAAACUUAGUCAAAUUCUGACAGGUAUAUCUCCAAGUAGCAGUUCGAUUCAUCCCUGUUAUGUAUGUGAGUGGGAUAGAAGAGAAGCUUGGAAAAAUACAGAACCUUUGAGAGCUGUCAAGAAAACUAUACAAAAUUCAAAGAAUCUGGUUCAAAACCUAAGUGUGCACAACAUUUUAAGAAUUGUAUAAACCCUGUAUUUGUACAUGGAAACCCCUCUGAAUUUCUUAUAGAUAGACUUGUUUUACCGGAGCUUCAUAUAAUGGAGGGAACAGUCAAUCAUGUAAUGGAUAACAUGGAGCAGAUUUGGUCGGAAAUGAGUAUGAAGGAGAUUUAUGAACAGUUGCAAAUUAUUAAGACUGGUCAGCAUGGUGGAAAAUUUAAUGGAAAUUCUUCUCGAAAAAUUCUUAAAAAAUGGGAAGUGUUUUAUAAUAAGCUGCCAAUUAAACUAAAGUCUUUUAGAGAAUGCUUAAGGUUAUUAAAUUUAGUUGUUUAGUCUUGUUUUUUUGAUCCGGACUUGAUGAAAACUUUCAAACUAAUAUCGAAAAUUUAAAAGCCUGCUAUAAAAAGUUGAUGUUAGAAAAUGGUAUUACUUUAACACCAAAAUUCCAUAUCCUGUUCAAUCAUGUAUCUGAAUUCUGUAAAACAAAAAAAAUGAGCCUUGGAGUUUAUUUGGAGCAAUCUGGAGAAAGUGUUCACUACCUUUUCAAAACUGUCUCAUGGAACCGCUACAAGGUGUCUGCAAAUAAUUCUAAUUAUGGACAUAAUUUAGUAAGAGCAUUAAGUUCAUAUAAUGGAAAACAUCUUGUUUCUCUUGGAAAUGUUGAUCUAAAUGUUGAUAUUUUUUAGUGAUUCAAUUCGAGAAGUAAUAGUUUUUAAAUUUAUAUUUGUAAAUAUAUGUUCGUUUGAUGAUUUAAAACAUUCUGAUUAUGUGAUUAUCCACUCUUUAACAAUGUAAUAUAACAAAAUACCUUCUGUAUUAUUAAUUACUAAUAAAUUGUCUGUAACUUUUAACUAAAAUAACAAAAUUUUGAAUGAAAACAACAAAAUUUUGAAUGAAAACAUGGCGGACUAAAAAAUGGCGCAAAACACUUGCAAAAAAGGCGCGAAAUAAAAAGCGCGAAAAAAUCUUUAAAACGCCAUAAUUACCUCAUAGGAGUUUUCUGAUUUAGUGGACUAUAUACAUAGUGAUAAGUAAACUAUACUCUUUCAGAAAACGUUGAAAUUAAUUUGGACACAAUUCAAAAAACCUAACAUUAGUUAAGGCUAACCGUGCGAUACAAUAUUUAUUGUUAUUGUAUUACAGUAUUAAAAUAAUCGCAAAUCACAAA